AUAUUCACCAGUGACAAUAGUCGUUGUCACCUGUUGACCUUUUAAGACAUUCGGGUCAGGUUGGACUGAGAAAAACAGCCGGAAAUGCUGCAACAUGUGCAUUACAAUUCUGAGCUGGUAAAACUGAGCGGCAUAAUUUAGGCUGCUGACAUUCACUGUGACUGUAGUCUGUUAUGAAAAUGAAGUCAAUUACCGUCAGGAGCAUCUUAUCUCGAGCCUUUUAGGUAAUUUAGUUGUUUCGUUUCUCACCCUUCAUUUUGCCGUUUCUUAAUGUGACAGCGUCAUCAUUUUAUUCCAAGAAAAAUGCAAAAAAAAUAUAUCAUCAGGGCGACUUGUUUUCCACUUGACCUGACAUGUCCUGAAAAUGGGGCUGUUUGCUCAAGGAAGAUGUUGCACAGGGAAAGUGAAAUUGAAGGCUCCGUGCCAGUUUUUUUUUUUUUUUUUUUCUAUUCCUCUUGAUGGAGGUCGUCAACAGCCUCACGUGAUUUUGAUUAUAAGUUUCUCACAUAAAUGACGACGCGCGUCGCACUCGGGAAGCUUUGAUUCAAGUGACGUUCUUUCUCUUUCCACCGUUUGUUGUGAAACGUGUAACCUGAAAAUGACAGCUGUGCGCUUGUUAUUUGUUUUUAACCCACAUUAGUGGAGAUUCUUUUCACAGCUGCCGGGACUGUUUGAGAGUAACCCCUAAAUUCAGUUUAUUAGAUUUCUUAGAGGUGUGUCAGCUCACAAGGUUGUUCUAUGUAUUUUCUCUAUUUUACCUUGAAGCCUGUUCCCAAAACAUCCGAGGACGGAAAAGGUUCCCUCGACGAUUACAGUCCUGGAACCUUAGACCAACUGUUAACCUUAAAAACAUUGAUUCCCUCAACAGUUUAUCUGCAUAAAUACUCUUGUUCCUUUGCUUUAAUAUGUAUACAGUGUUCUAUUUAACUUGUGACUUGACCCGAUAAACUAAUGAUUAACUGCCCUCCAAAAUCUGCCAUCCUUCUUUUAUUGUUAUCCCACUUAAAAAAUGCAAUUGUCUUUUCUGUAAAAAUUUGCUUGUGAUUUUUAGAUUUUUCUUCCAGAAAAAAGGAUUUAUGUCCUGCAGCGGUGAAUUAAUUGUUAUGAAUUGAUUGUGUAAUUGCUGGCUGUCAGAACGAGAUUCGACCUCCGGCUUUGUUUGCCGUGUUAUGGUGACCUGGCACUUGAAUGCACCGCAGCUAUCGAUUUGGCCGCAUCUUUAAUUUGUUUAUCCUUCUUUUUAAAACCUUUCCACUGUUGCCAUUGUGUCCAAUGAGCCCAGCUAGGUGCCUGUGAGGUGAGAGGCAGCGGGAGCGAAGGAUCUGACGGCGCGAGUUGCCCAGAAGAUUAAGAGGAUGAUUCACGUGUAAUAGACAGAGCCCAGCGCAGAGCAGGCAGCCGUGUGGACCAGUCCUCAAACCCAGGAACAGCCCAGCCUCCUCAGAGCUGGAGACCCUCUCCCCUCCGCGCCUCUCGCCUCUGCCGCGUGCCCCCCUCGGUGACAUGUACCCCGAAGAGAGCCGGGGGUCUGGAGGGGCAGCCACUGUGGACUUCCUGGAAGGGACGUACGACUAUGCCGCCCCCACCCCUGCCCCGACUCCUCUUUACAGCCACUCCGCCACUGGCUACUACUCGGCUCCUCCAGACACUCACGGACAACCCUCUGAUGGCAGCCUUCAGUCGCUGGGCAGCGGGCCGACCAGUCCUCUUGUCUUCGUGCCCUCCAGCCCGCGACUCAGCCCCUUUAUGCACCCACCCAGCCACAACUAUCUGGAAACCACCUCCACACCCGUCUACAGGUCCAGUCACCAGUCGCUCUCCAGAGAGGACCAGUGUGCCACCCGUGAGGAGGCGUACGGUUCGGGGGAGCUCGGAGCCGGGCCCGGGGGCUUCGAGAUGACCAAGGAGACUCGAUUCUGCGCCGUUUGCAGUGACUAUGCCUCCGGGUACCACUACGGGGUGUGGUCCUGUGAGGGCUGCAAGGCCUUCUUCAAGAGGAGCAUCCAGGGUCACAAUGACUACAUGUGCCCAGCGACCAAUCAGUGCACUAUUGACAGGAAUCGGAGGAAGAGCUGCCAGGCUUGUCGUCUUAGGAAGUGUUAUGAAGUGGGCAUGAUGAAAGGAGGUGUGCGUAAAGACCGGGGCCGCGUUCUGCGGCGUGACAAGCGACGGGCUGGCGACAGAGACAAGGUCACCAAAGAUCUGGAGCACAAAGCGGCGCCCCCUCAGGACGGGAGGAAACGCAGCAGCAGCUGUAGCAGCACCGGCGGUGGAGGAGGCGGGUCUUCGGGGACUAACUUGUCUCCAGACCAGGUGCUCCUCCUGCUCCAGGGUGCCGAGCCCCCGAUGCUUUGCUCCCGGCAAAAGAUGAGCCGACCCUACACGGAGGUCACCAUGAUGACCCUGCUCACCAGCAUGGCCGACAAGGAGCUGGUCCACAUGAUCGCCUGGGCCAAGAAGCUUCCAGGUUUCCUGCAGCUCUCCCUCCACGAUCAGGUGCAGCUGCUGGAGAGCUCGUGGCUGGAGGUGCUGAUGAUCGGGCUCAUUUGGAGGUCCACCCACUGCCCCGGCAAGCUAAUCUUCGCGCAGGACCUCAUACUGGACAGGAAUGAGGGCGACUGCGUUGAGGGCAUGGCUGAGAUCUUUGACAUGCUCCUGGCCACCGCCUCCCGUUUCCGCAUGCUCAAACUCAAACCCGAGGAGUUCGUGUGUCUCAAAGCCAUCGUCUUGCUCAACUCUGGUGCCUUUUCUUUCUGCACCGGCACAAUGGAGCCACUCCAUGACAACGUGGCAGUGCAGAACAUGCUGGACACCAUCACCGACGCGCUCAUACAUCACAUCGGCCAAUCAGGGUUCCCGGCUCAGCAGCAGUCGAGGCGACAGGCCCAGCUGCUCCUGCUGCUCUCCCACAUCAGGCACAUGAGCAACAAAGGCAUGGAGCACCUCUACAGCAUGAAGUGCAAGAACAAAGUGCCUCUGUACGACCUGCUGCUGGAGAUGCUGGACGCUCACCGCCUCCACCGGCCAGACAAAUCCAGCCUGUUUGGGUGCCAGGCCUCCAAAGACCCUCCCUCCACCACCAACAGCGGAGGUGGAGGCGAAGGCGGAGGCGACGGCAGCGGCUGCUCUUCCCCAGCUGGAUCCGGUCCGGGACCUCGAGGCAGCCACGAGAGCCCGAGCAGACCCCCCUCAGGUCCAGGCGUCCUGCAGUACGGAGGCCCCAGGUCUGACUGCACCCACAUCUUAUGAGCCGGGCAACACGUGAAGGUCAAAAAUCCCUUUCACCGAUGUUGUGUUUAGCACAGAAUGAAAAAGGUUUUUGGAAUUUCGAAUUGAUUUCGUGACAGAAUUAUUUAUAAAUUCUGUGAUUUUAAAGCUGUUUAGGGAGAAACUUCCUUUGAACUUUCGCCAACUCACCUUUCAUGACGUCUGUGAUUCAGAGUCCGUCUCUAACAGCUUUUCGGUAUCGCUUAUUACUUGUGGCACUCUGUCGGUGAUUGGAAAUGACGAGCAGCUAAUUCUUUCCGUCUGUUCACCUCGACCAAAGUGCACUUCCUCUCGGAUUUAAGGGGGUAAUGGGCAUUAUUUUUACUUUUGCAUUUAUGGUGAAAAUAAAUCAAAGCAGGCAAAAAACAAAAAAACAAAGUGUAAAUGAUUUAGUGUUGUAGUUCCAACAUCAGGUAUUAUGUAUACACACAAUUUAAAACUUGAGAUAUUUGAGGGAGAAAAAAGUAAAUAAAAAUAAAAUAAUGAAGUGUUGAAUUUUAAAUAGCUUCAUGAUCAGAUCCUGAUGGACGACAGGCUUUAUCGCCGGGUAACCUCGUGUUAUCCACAUGUUUUUGUGUACAGGGGGUUUGUUGUCUAUGCUUACUUGUCAUCAGCUCUUUUCCCUGAAUAUAAACACACGUGUGUGUUUGUGUUUGGCAGAGAGACUACAAGACUAAAACAUUUCAGGUUGAUUUGAUGCAUAGAUUUGUGUCUUGUGUCCAAAGCUACAACCUGUUACUGUUCAUUUCCUAAUCCAGUGAUUGCAUGUUGAGCUUGGCUGGAUUCACACCAAAAAGACAAACAAACAUCGUAACGCAAUGUUUUUAUGAAGAAAGUGUUUUCUAUUUUAGUAGCUUUACACCAACUACUAGUGUGACUGCUUGAUGUAUAAAAUGUCCAAAAUCAUGUAUUCAAAUAGCUUUUUCAGUCUGGCCAAUAUAUUAAAUCACACCACAAAUGACAAAGAAAAGCAAAGUGACAAUUAAGAUUAAAUUAUACUGGACUUUUGUUUCUAAUCCUUAGUGAUAAAUCUAAUUAGCUAGAGAGAUUAAGUGGGGACCAUCAAUAUUAAGCUAUCCCAAUAAUACACAGGUUUAAAUAUGAAUUUAAUAGGGUGGCAGUAACGUCUUCUGCCUCCAUUUAUCCUUUUACUAAAAUAUGUUGGACUCAUGUUAAUGUGAAAUUUACAUUUGUAGAGGAAAAUGAAUAUAUACAUAAAAUGUCUAAUCAACCAAAGAGUUGUAGUACCUUCACAGACCCUCUAGGGGGUGAAAGUUUCCAUGGUAACUCUCUAUGUUAGACUUAUAGCUGUGUUGGUCAAUCUUUUUAUUUUUGAGAAACUAGAAUAAAUCUAAGAAUGCAUUUUAGACCAGACUCAGUUUCUCAAGGUGGAUUCUUCGUUAGCCGCGGGCAUCGACCUCACUGGUUGGGAGCGUUUCAGGGUGUGUGUCCAGUUCAGCGUCUUUCUGAAGUCAGAUCAGAUAAUGCAUCUCUUCCCGUUACCGUCUUGCCUUUUUUCCUGUAGUUUUAUAAGAUGCAAAUUUCUUCACGGUGUCUGAUCGCGUGCGCACAUCCUGUCAAAUUUAGCAAACUUAUACACUGACAAAAUGCCACUUCGCAUCCUUUUUAGGGUCGUAUGAAACGCUUCAUAACUGAUCUUUAAAUAUAAAACAUAACUUGUAGUUUUUUUACUUGACACUGACUUGUCUUUAUGCACGAUGUAUAUGUUAAUGGUUAACCUAUGUUAACUUCACUCUGUUAAUAUACUAAAUUAUUCGUUGUCUGGAUGGAAGCGAUAAACACACAGAUUCCUUCCACUUGCAAAUUGAAUUUGGCCACUUGUGGUGUAAAUCCAGCCAAACCUGACUCCCCCGUCAUUUCUUUACUGUGUAUAUAAAUAAAAGCAUCAAUUGGGUAAAGCUGAUGGAUCACUGUGUUUCUCCUCAUGUGCAAAAACCAAUUCAGAGAACAGACCGAGGUAAAUACUUCAUGUUUUAUUAUUCGCAAAGAGGGUAUUCUUCAUGAAGUCGGCAUUAGCAAACUGUACAUACAUAAAUAACCAUUUUUCAUAAUUAAUUUUUAUUUUUACAGAUUCUUUUUUUUUUUUUUUUUUUUAACAGCGCCGUGAUUCUGAUGUCUCAUCAACGCAGAAUAAUUAUCGCAGUUAUUACAAAGCACAUGUCGCAGCCAUCUACUAACACACUACCAGUGAUUGUUUGGCUUUCUUAAAAGCGGGGGCCUUUCAAGUACAUGCUCAAACACAAAGAUAAAAAAAUAACUGCCUGUAUUCAAAGGCAUUUCAGACGAUAAUGUACAAAUCAGUGGAUUAUCUUUUUAAAAACAGGAGCGCUCGUCUGUUUUGUCUCAUUUGCCCCCCCGAGUUGAUUCAAUACUGAAAUUAAAAAUGGGAAGGAAUACGAGCCUUGGCUUUUGUUUUUGGAGGGCUGGGUGGGUUGUCGGCCAUCUUGGUCGGAGGGCUUCAGUGCAGUACCUUGGACAGUUCUCGCGUCAGUGCUAUAAGUUCAGAUUUUAGCUGUAAAAAUCAGACUUCAUCUCAAAAUUCAAGCCAGUUUCUUUUGAAGUGUGCCGAGGAAAAAAAAUAUUAAAAAAAAAUAAAUAAAAAGCUACGCCUUCA